UUCCGGUGCCAGGGGAACUUCCGCUGACAUCAGUUGCUUUGUCUCCUUAGUGCGCAUGCGGCUGGGAGUCAGCGCAGGGGAUUGUGGGAGCCCUGAGGCACGACGUGCAGCCUGUGGCACUGGAUCCCCUUAUGGAUCAUAACCUGCGAUGGUGGGAUCCCCGCUGACGUUAAGGUCUGUCCUUCCGGAUCUUCGGCCCUUCUGAUACCCAGUGAAUGUGGAUCAAGGAGCCUCCCAUCUCAACAUGGACUGAGGAACCCUACCCAUGACUAACAUGGAGGAACCGGAGAAUGAGGCAUCAGACUCGAAAGCCCCGGUGACCACCAUAAAGUGUGAAAUGGGUUCACUUAUGGCUGGACUCCCACAGACUCAAUCAGAAUUGUUACGGAUAAAGGCAGAGAAGGUAAAACGAGACUCCGAUCAGCUGAAUAGAAUAAAAGAUCAGAACAUUUUCCUCAUGGAUAGGGCAAGUCUAAGGACUGGGUCUAGAGGAGUGAAACCGGAGAACGACAACUCCGAUGUUCAUUUGCUUACGAUAAAGAUGGAGUCUGACCCAGAUAUAUUAAAGGUUAAAAUAGAAAAGGAGGAAACAGACGCAGAAGAUUGUCUGGAAUCAUCUAAACUCAUAUUAUUUCCAAGCACAAACGAGGAUCAUCGCCCUAAUGACGAGAGGAAGGGAAGAUUGGAAACACUGCCAUCGGUUCCAGCCACAAAUGAUUCCCCCGAUACAGGGAAAGAACAGAGAGCUGGGUUGUGUAUAGGGCUGUCACAGCACAACCCUCUGUCCGACCCCGAGUGUGACCCAGGCACAAGGUAUGAGGAUUCUCCAGCAAUGUCAGAGUCCUCGGAUGCUAUCUAUUGUAAGUGCAGAGACAGCCUUUCUCCAGACAGCACCCAUAUCUGCACCCAUGCCAUGAACGACAGUGUUCUCAGUAAUCAUAAGAAAGACCUUGCCGAGGAGAAAACAUUUAUUUGUACUCAGUGUGGCAAGAACUUCAGCACAAAACACAAUUUCCAUAUACAUCAGUUGGUCCACACAGGGGAGAAACCAUUCACUUGCACAGAGUGCAGCAAAAGCUUCUCUCAGAAGAGCGUCCUCCACAGGCACCGGCGAAUUCACACGCAGGAGAAACCAUUCACCUGCACAGAAUGUGGGGCGCGUUUCUCCCAGAAAUCCAUGCUUCACCGGCACCAGACCGUGCACACCGGGGCGAAACCAUUCACCUGCACCGAAUGUGGGAAAAACUUCUCCUAUAAAAGCAACCUCCUCAGCCACCAGAAAGUUCACUUGGGGCAGAAACCGUUCACUUGCACAGAGUGCGGCAAAGACUUUUCUCUGAAGAGCACCCUGAACAGGCACCAGAAGGUUCACACUGGGGAGAAACCAUUCCCGUGUCCAGAGUGCGGGAAAAGCUUCUCUCAGAAGAGCCACCUGUUAAACCACGAGAAAUUCCACAGGGGGGAGAAGCGCUUCACAUGCACAGAAUGCGGAAAAGGUUUCUCUGAGAAGAGCCCACUUCUGGCCCACCUUAGGGGCCACACAGAGCAAAGGGCAGCUUUAUAUGUGUUUCAAGCAAAGGUGACUGAGGGAAAACAGGGGAAGCUCACGAGAGACACUGAGGAUUACCUGCAAAAUCGUGUGGAAAGCAGAACGAAAGAGACAGCAUCCAGCAGGGAAACUUACAAGCAGCCGACUGCCCAGCUACAGCAGAGGAACAGGCAAGCAACGGGCACUAGGACCAUGUGGGACUCCAGCAGGAUCCAGACACAGACUGAAAGCCCUUCUGAUACAGCGAAUGUGGAUCCCCAGACAGACAGAGGAGCCCCGCCCAUUACCAACAUGGAUCCCUUCUCAACACUGAAUGAAACAAGGAGGUUGGACAAGAAACCAAAGUAUGAAAUGUCAGACUGCAAUUUUCUCCUGCCUGUGAUCAAGCAGGAACCAGAUCCAUAUUCCGAGGCCGACUUCCCUGAGGCCAAAGCGAAAAUAUUACAGAUAAAAGUAGAGAAAGAAGAAUCAGGCUCGGAAUAUGAUGUGGAGAAACUGGAGGCUGUAUCUAGAAAAGUGAAAGUGGAAAAUGAUUGGUCAGCCUCUAACGAGCAUCUCAUUAUGGCUGGGAAUGACCUAGAAACGUUGCAGGGAAAUAUAAAGGAGGAAGAGUUGGGCUGUGAAGGCACCGGGGCCGCACCGACUGAUGGGGGGGAGUAUUGGCAGUUACAUACUCUAAGACCCCCAAGCUCAGCUAGUGACUCCCCCGAUACUUUGGCCAAUGACAGGGAGCUAUUGAGCUCAUCACAGAGUGAGUCUGAGGCGGAGUCAGGCCCAAUGUACGAGGGCUGUGUGGGUAAAGCAACGUCAUUGGCCUGUGUGUGUAAUAAGUGUGGGAAGGGAUUCUCAGCCAAUAGCAAUUUUCUCACACACAUCUGCACCCCCCAAGCGAGUUUAACUGAAAGCCGUAAGGGAAAUCCCACUAUCAAGGAACCUCUUAUUUGCCCUUCAUGCGGAAAGCAUUUCCGUAACCAGCAAAAACUAAAACUCCACCUGGCAAUUCACAAUGGGGAGAAACCAUUCACUUGCACAGACUGCGGGAAAGGCUUCUCAGCCAAACGGCUACUGCGCAUACACCUGCAGGUACACACGGGGGAGCGGCCAUACUCGUGUAAAGAGUGCGGCAAAACCUUCGCCCGGAGAAGUCACCUGUACACCCAUCGCAAAGUUCACACCGGGGAGAAACCGUACAUCUGCACGGAAUGUGGGAAAAGCUUCGCCAGGAAGAUUCACCUUAACAACCACCAUAAAGUCCACACGGGGGAGAAACCAUUCACCUGCAUAGAAUGUGGCAAAAGCUUCUCUCAGAAAACAAACCUUUCCAAGCACCAUAAGGUUCACACCGGGGAGAAACCAUUCACCUGCCCUGACUGCGGGAAGAGCUUCUCUUCAAAGAGCAACCUGCACGUUCACCAAACGAUUCACAUCAAAAGGUACCUCUCCUUUGGGCCGGAUGUGGGGCAAGGUCCUGGCUAA